AUGGCCUCAGCAGCUGCUGUGCUAGGGCCAUGCAUUCGAUGCCGUGAGUCUACCGCGGCCAUCCAAGUCCGCGAGGCAGCGUACUGCGCGACAUGCUACCAACGCGUCUUUGACGAAAAAGUCCGUCCUAGUUUAGAGCAUGUUCGUGGCGCCAUCUUAUGGGAUAAUGUCGUACGUCCGGCUCCUACACCCUCUGCGGGGCGAGCUGAGCCCGCGUUCGCCAUCGCAUUCGAUGCAAGUGUAGGGAGCUGUGUCCUUUUACACGCCAUGCACCGCAAGCUGCGUAGUACCCAUCAGGCGCCUGCUGCGCUUGCCCGCGCGCCUGAGCGAGCGCGUAUCGAUGUGCUGUACGUGGACGAUAGCGCCGUGGUGCCUGGCUUGACGUCCCAGACGCAUGAAGAGGUGCGCUCGUUGGUCGCUGCCAUCGCGCCCGAUGCUACGUUUGUCGCCCUUCCCCUCGCCGACGUGUACACCGACCAGUGUGGCGUAGCGUAUACACCGCAGCCGCAGGGCCACGGCACAAUGGCGGCUUCUCUGACCCACUCUCUCGAUACGACAGCCGCGUUGCAAGAGGCUCUGCGUACUGUGCAAGAUACCCCGUCCCGUUUGGGCCUAAGUGCAGGGCGCACUCGUGCCGAAGACCUGCAUCGCAUUUUCCGGCAUCGCGUAUGGCACGAAGCCGCUCGUGCACGGCACUGUGCCGCUUUGGUAUGGCCACAGCAUGCAUCGGAUGCUGCAGCGUUCACGAUUGAGGCGCUUGCGAAGGGAGCCGGUCAUAAGCUUGCUGUCGAAGGCGCAGCUUCGUUGUGGAUCGACGAUGUGCUGCAUCUUCAUCCGCUUCGUGCCCACUUGCCCACGGAAUUGGCCUUCUACGCGACUCAGCAUGCGAUACCUACGAUGGACCUGCCUGCCUUGAUCCCGCAAAUCCCACCUACAACAGAGAGUACGUACGAGGCCAUGGUGGACAAGCAUAGUAUCGGACGUCUCUCGGCGUCUCUCAUUUCCGCCCUACAGUACGGCGUGUCAAGUACCUCGAGUACGGUCGUCGGUACGGCCAGCAAGCUGGUCAUCCAAGAUACCCGAUUGUGGCCGACGACGCCAUCCAUCACCUUCCCUCGAAUCGGCGCCAAGGCUGAGUCGUCGGUGCGUGCGGUGCUGCAACUGCCUCGGUGGGAUCCCUCGACGAUGCGGGCGUGCCCGUUGUGCCGCUUCCCAGCGCAACCUGGCGCUGCCCAAUGGAAGGCGGAUCACUCUAUGGAGCCUACGUCAUCGUCCCCUACUUCUGCGUCCGAGAAUGCGCUAUUUGCUAUGCUAUGCUACGCGUGCCUGCAAGUGUUCGAUGUCACUUCGUCUCGUACGAUGUACCUCCCACCCGAUGUGCUGACCCUCACACAGCAGCCAGGCCGUCUGGCCUACUCUUCGUCGAUCCCUGCUGAAGAGGCGCACGACGAGGAUGCGGCAGCCAUGCGCGCGGCGCUUGCUCAACCGCAUGGUCCUCGCACGACGCAUGCGCCGCAGCGCGUGUCGGUCGACGCGAUGCGAGCGCACGUCGCCUCGUUCUUACUUGAGUAG